CUGACUUUGAAUCUGCGAAUUCAAUUUUCCGGACUCUAGGCCCGAAUUUAUUCACAACAUCUCUCCAGACGAGACGCCAGCAUGGGAUUCUUCAGCUCCUCUGCACCAUCUCCUCCAGCACCCAGGAUUUCGGCGGAUGGCGCCCCAAUAGCUCCUGGUCGAAGCGAACGAGCAAAAUGUUGGGAGGCAAGAGAUGCAUACUUUGAAUGCCUAGAUAAGAACAGUAUCGUAGACAGCAUAACGGAUAAAGACAAAGCAGCCAAAGCGUGCUCUGCCGAAGGUCGAGGGUUCGAAGCAAAUUGCGCUUCGAGUUGGCAUCAGGUCACAUACUUCAAGAAGCGCCGAGUAAUGGAAUAUCAGCGGAAUAAGACUUUGGAGAAAUUGAAGGCCGAAGGAGCACAGGAAAUGCCGGGACAGAUAGGACCUCCGGGACCUGGACAGCGACCAUGAUACGGAUCUGUACGACUACGAUAGUGUACAAUAGUGUAUAGAAGCAUAGGAGGGCGUUUGGGAUACAGCAUACAAGGACCACUCUCCGAAAUCUACAUUAUGUCUGGCUUUUUGCCACCAAGUCGUUGCACUCUCGGCAGCCGGAACU